AUGUCCGAAGGGGCCCGCGGGUUCAUCCCCUCCACGCGCAAUGGCACCCCCCUGCCUGUUGCUCGCACUGCCCCCUUCCUGGAUGCAGUUCUCAACGACCUCGACGCGGUUGUUGGACACGACCCUGCUCCUUGCAUUGCCAAGCCAAUUGCCAGGACGCUGAACACAUUGCGGCAGGAUGCGAAACGCGCCGCUGAAGAGCUCGCGUUCAGAUCCCGGUGCGGCAUCGCGGACGGUCAUGGGGGGGAUGCUCACGGCAAUGACCGUGAGAGGUCGCACGAACACCCCGCGGGAUCCCGCGUGUCCGAACGCGAUAACAUCGCUCUCAACACAGCUCUUGCACUCGCGAACACAGGGGAGGGGGACCAGGGGAAACCGGACAACAAGGAAGAGGGCUUGAGCUCUGACUACGACGAGGACGCCCCUGUUAACGCGCCGCAGGGUGGAGAUGACAACAAUGAAGAGGAGGCAGACGAGGCAGAGGAUGAUGAGGAAGAGGAGGAGGAGGUGGCAGAAAUCGCGGCCAACAAUUCCGGGCGGUCGGCGGUCGCGGUCGCGGGUGCAGGGAAGAGUAUUCGCAGUCUUCAGGCUGUGCUGUCCCCCCGCCAUGGUAGCGCGACCCCGUCGGGCGAGUUUGCGGGCAAGAGUCCGGUCUUGGGCAAGCGGAAACACUCGGAGCUGGUGAAGAUGGCUCCUGAGAAGCUGGCCGCGGAGAUCCUCCGUUUGAACGAGCAGUUGAAAAAUCAGACGCGCAAGCUGGAUGAGAUCGCGUCCGCGGUGCCCGGUGCUGAAUUCGCGGUGGUGAUCACGCUGAAGUACAAAGAACUCGAGGCCACGGUGGAGAAGGUGCUAACCCACGUGCAGAACACGGACCGGGUGAUACGCAGGGAAGCCAAGCUGGCCGCGAAGGACAGGGCGGAGAAUCGCGACAUGCGGGAGGUGCUGAAACGUGCUGCGGCCCGGUUGGAAGACUGCGCGGGGAGCAUGAAGGGGGUGGUUGUGGACUCCAUAGAGAGCGCCCAGAAGAAGCUCACAGACAAGGUCGCACGGAAGAUAGACGGCCCGUCAUCCAACAUUGCGAGUACCGCCGAGAAAGCGAUCACAACUAGUGGCGUCACGAACUCCCUCAACAUCAUCAUCGCGAUGCUUUCCGGGCGUGCAGCACUACAACAAGUCCCCGAUGGACCGCGUGAGAAGGAGUUCGCGGAGAAGGAGGCAGGGAAGAUGGCCGCGAAGAAGGAGGUCGGGAAGAAGGCCACGGACAAGGAGACAGUGAAGAGGGUCGCGGACAAGGAGACAGGGAAGAGGGUCGCGGACAAGGAGGCAGGUAAGUGUGAGAGCAGCAGGGGUGGGAAGCGGCAGAAAGGGGUCGCGAUCCAUAGCGUCACCGACCUUCUGAAGAGGGUGGCGCGGUCGCCGAACGUGCUGCGGGGACCAACAGGGGGGCUGCUGCCGCUGCUGGACCACCGCCUCCGACCUUGGGGGUGGAAGUUGGCGAAGAAUCAGGGCCGCAGUGGUUGUAAGCCUCCUGUAGCCGCGUUGAAGUGUGAACGCGACGACGACGACGACGACUCGGACGCGGACGAUGAGGUUGAGCUUGUGAUGCAGAGGUUCUUGGGGCCAAGCGACACUAGCAGAACAAGCGGCAAGCGCAAGGGCUGUGGUAUCCGCCCUCCGCCCAGGGGUGGGGAGGGGAUGGUGGGCGAACCGUGGCUGGGGGGGAGACGUUGCUGGCUCGGACAUCACUCUCUCCAAGAGGUGCAGUAUCUGACCGCGAUCGCGGUGAUGUGUUACGACAAGAAGAUAGACCCCAGGCUCAAGCUGACUGCGCAGCUGAAGAGUGAGUGGGCCGAGGACAUCUCCGCGGCCGGGACAUUGUGCACCGGGCUAUUCGCCACCAUGCACCUCCACAACCUUUGCGGCAAUGUUGACAGGUACCACCACAUGUUCAAGGCCUACCGCGACCUCACCCGCCGCGGGUCCCCGAUCAGCAACGCGAUAGCUUGGGCAGCCGCGGUGGGGAAGGAGGCUGCAGAUGAGGAGCCCGAUGUCACCGGCGCCCAAACGGGCCUAUUCGUUGGUGCGGUCGCGUGCGCCAUCGCGAUGGUGUGGGAGACCAGCAACGGUCUCGAACUCGAGGCUAUCGCUGAUGCUGGAUACUCCGCGACGCAGCUUGCUGGCACGCCAGAAGAAACGGCCCACGGUUACGCCACGAUCGUGGCCGCGGUUUUCAAGUGGGCCAGGAAGGAGAAUGCUCGCAAGCAAGCCUCUGAGGUCACACCAAAGCAGGUCGCGGAGAAGAUUGAGACCGCGGCCGUGAACCGUCUUGGUGCACGACGUGGAGACCUCACUUUAGUCGCUAUGGUCGCGCACGAGGCAGUAGACGUGCUGAUGACCUGGUGCGACUGCAAGAUCACGGCCAAGGCAAUGGAGGCCAACAGGCUCUACCUCUCUUUGCCGGAGAAGCGGGUGUCCGCGAAGAAGAGGUCCGCGUGA